UAUUCACUCCUAAUUCCCAAAUAAAUUCCUUCUCUUUUCCUAACACCAUUAAAACCCUGCAUACAUACACACACACACACAAUCCCAUUACGGCAUUACCAAAGCAUACCAAAUUUAGUUGAGAUCAAGUUUGGUUGGUAAGCCACACACAAUCAAGGCAUUCAAACAAUUUUUCUUCGGAGGCCCCAUAUAUACACACACAUAUACGUAUACGUAUACAUAUACAUAUACAUACACACACAUAUAAAUGCAGUCAUAAUAUUGAAAUUCAGGAUGGGCCAUGAAGGAGAGUCCUGCACAUGCAUUAGGGUUUCUGCAAUAACACAACGGGAUCACAAAGAAGAGGAAGAGAUCAUGACGCUUCAAAGACCUAAUUCAAAGAUAGUCGUGCAGUUCACUAGAUGGGUAACGGAUCUGGACUGGCGUAUCAUCCUUCUCAUCCUCCCUCCUCUCUCUCUCCUCCUCUUUCUCUCUCUAAACUCGCUCACCACAACCACCGCCUCCUUCCAACCCCUCUUCUCCUCCUCUUUUACCCCUUUCAGAUCGUUCUUUCACAACCACCAUUCCAACACGCAAAACGAAUCAUUCUUUCCCAACUUUAAUCCUUCUGUGAAUCAAACUCAAAACCGUCAUGCCAAUGAAACUGAGUUGACUCGGUCAAGAAUCGCUGUGUGUUUGGUGGGCGGAGCAAGGCGGUUCGAACUCACUGGGCCGUCGAUAGUCCACAACAUUCUGGAACGCUACCCGAAUUCCGAUCUUUUUCUGCACAGCCCAUUGGAUCCGAACGCCUUCAAGCUCUCGCUCCUCAAAACCGCCCCGAGAAUCGCUUCCAUCCGGAUCUUCCAGCCCAAACCCAUUCCAGAAACCGAGUCACAACUCAGAGUCCUCUCUGCCCAGAACUCACCUAAUGGCUUACAGGGUCUUCUGCAAUAUUUCAACUUGGUGGAGGGAUGUUUGACGAUGAUCAGAGAAUAUCAGGAACGAAACAACUUCACAUACGACUGGAUAGUCCGGACCAGAGUUGACGGGUACUGGUCCGAUCCGCUUGGUCCCGAAAGCUUCGUGCCGGGUAUGUACGUGGUCCCACCCGGAUCGUCCUACGGCGGGCUCAACGACCGGUUCGGGAUAGGUGACCUGAACACCUCCACUGUGGCGCUAUCGCGCCUCUCACUCGUCCCACAACUUGACUCGGCCGGGUUUCAGCAACUCAACUCGGAGGCCGCGUUCAAGGCCCAACUCACCACCAUGAACGUGCCCUACGCCACCAAACGCCUCCCCUUCUGCGUGGUGACGGACCGGAGAUACGAUUUUCCACCGGCCAGGUACGGAGUGCCUGUGGCGGCAAUGUCGAGCCCGGGCCCACUAAGUGGGGCCAAGUGCAGGCCGUGCACGGCAGCGUGUACCGGGUCGUGUGUGGCGGGGGUAAUGCCCGGGCUGGACAGAGGGUGGAGCUGGACUCAUUGGGACAAUGGAACCCUAGAGCUAUGUGACGCUCGCGGAGAGUGGGAAAUGAGUUGGACGAAGGUGUUUGAUAGAGUGGCCGGAAAGGGACUCGCUGCGGCGAGGAAGGAAGUUUCGGGGUUGAAGUUGAGGGAGUGUGUUGCUGAUUUUGAUGAGAUGAGGAGGCGGACGGCGAAGUGGGACGCACCACCGGGGACAGAGAUUUGUAGGCUUGGUCUGGUAACCGAAUAGAGAGGAACAGUGUAAAUAGGUAGUAUAAUGUGAAAAGGUGUAUUAGCGCUUGUAGAAUUUGAUUUCUUUUUUAUUUUGGAUCCACUGGUAAUUUGUAAAUUAUUUUUUUCUUUUUCUUUUUUUUUCUCUUUUGUUUUUUUUUUUUUUUUUUUUUGAGGCUAAAAUGCAAUUAAAUAGAUUUGAGGACUAUAUUUUUACAUAUGAA